AUGCAAGAGUAUUCGGAUGCCGAAGGAAGCGAUUGGGACGCUAGUGAUUCCUCAGCAUUUGAUGAAUACGAGCCGAGUGAAGAUGACGCGGAAGACGACGAAAAUAUAGAAAACAGUACGACUGCUGCUCGUCAAGAGCGAAAUGAUGAAGAAGAAAUUCUUACGGAUAUUGGACAGGAAGACUUUAGUAGGCUCAUUAGCGCAUUUCAAGAUGAGCCCAUAACGCACGAAGAAGAAAUACUUAGCCAGCGUGGGAAGGGGAAUGCAUGGAAGCAAUCGAUGGAAGCGGAUAUGGAGUCUUUUCAUCAUGAGUUAAGGGACGUUAAUGGCUACACGAGGAAAAACAAAUCCACUCGAAUCCGAGAACAGGCUCUGUCGCCUGAAGUCAAAGCACUAAUCGCGCAGGCGAACAUCUCUGCUUGGUAUACUCUUGGAAUGUGCUUUGAAGAGCUUGGUGAAGAAGAAAAGUCUAUUCAAUGCCGGAUUGUGGGUGCCCACCUGACAUCGAAUGCAUCAGAGGAAUGGAGAUCACUUGCGCGCCGAAGUCGGGAGCGUGGGCUUCUGCAACAAUCGAUUUACUGUCUUCAGCAGGUCAUCAAGGCGAAUAGAUUUGAUAUUGAUGCACUAUGGGAUCGGGCGAUGAUGCUGAAAGAUUCUGGCCGCCUUCGUGUUGCAGCUGAUGCAUUUCAUGGAAUUCUUAAGCUGCGCCCAUAUGAUGCCGAAAUUUUGCAAGAACUUAUCCCACUUUUAGUAUCUCUGGGCGACUAUGAAAUCGGUGCCGAUAUUCUCGAGGAUAUGCGACGUACUAGUAUGCGAGGUGCUCAGGACCCCAACAUUGACCCAGCCCUGGCUGACAUGGAGUCUACGACCGGAGCAAAUGUCAUUUUUUCGCUGAAUGAACUUGUAACGCUUGCUGACUUGCUUCUUCUCUUGAAAAGACCGCUGCAAGUCAUCCUGGUCGUCAAGCAGACUAUCCGAUGGAUGCGUGGCCAGAUUCGUGAAGACAGGUUAGACGACGCACAAAAUGACCUUGAGCUUGAUGAAGUUCCUGCUGCAAAUGCUGGGGAUACUAGUGCCCACCUUCAGGCAUAUGAAUUAGAUCGAGAAGUCCGGCUUCGACUUGGCAAGGCCCGUUUUAUGCUGCGCGAUUUUGAAGAGGGAAAGCGCCAUUUCAGCUUGCUUAUUGAUGAGACGGAUCCUAUGGAGUUUCCAUUGCUAUUCCUCGAGAUGGCCGACACGUAUUUUGAAUAUCAGCUUUACGCCGAGGCACUCGAAACAUAUCGCCCUUUGCUUGAAGAAGGCCUUGUAGAUGAUGUCCAAGUUUGGAUUCAUAUGGGCAUGUGCUACCAAAACCUGAAUAUGCUGGAAGAAGCCGCUCAAGUGUUCGAAAUGAUCUUGGCCGAGCAGGCCCAUCAGUCUGAUGUGAAGCUGAGUCUCGCAGAAAUUUAUGAAGAGCUUGGUGAGCGCAACAAAGCAUUAGAUCUCGUGAACGAAGUGCUUGCUGCUCGACAUGAAAACAAAAAUAACGACCAUACGCAUGAAGCGGCUCCAGGGCCAAAUCAACGUCCAAUUGAGCCACCUUCGUCCUUGUCAUUUUUCAAUGAAUCAGAGCUACCACCUGGAUCGGCUCAAGCCUCGACGCAGCAGCGCGUUUCUCGCUCAGGUAUCACGUAUGCUGAGCGACAGCGUCUCGAGCAACAGCGUGAAGAAGAGACACGACUUGCAUGGAUUCAACUGUGUGCACUCGAGCCGGAGGUCUUCGUGGAUGGAUUCUGGCGACAUGACUUUGUCUUCCUGGAUGGACUUGACAAUGAGCCAUCUUCAUCCUCGAUAUCAGGACCCGUUGAUGCAGCCACGAAGCAGCGAUUUACAGCGACGAGAAAGUGGAUCCAGGUGGCUGGUCGCUUGAUCGACUCGUUUCGAUCCAUGUCCCUUUUGUUCCCUAAGGAACGCCAUACCAAAUACCGAGGUGUUGUACGACCGAGACGCUCACGACAAUCGAAAGCAUUAGAUCUGGAUACUCAAGCUGAAGAGCUUCUGAAUCGUCUCCGUGAUCAAAUGGUGGAUGAAGCCAUGUCUGACGAAGCUGCAGGAACACAAACAAGUACAAAUGCUGCUGAGAACUUCGCUCGGGAUCAUAAUGAGCAGGAACAAACGACGUUCCGCACGAUUCAUUUUGACGAUUGGGUCACCCUCUUUAUGAAGUACGGAAUCGCUCUUGCUAAGGUGGGAAAUGAAGAUGAGGCUGUUAACGAUAUGUUUCGUCAUGUUAUGGUAUCGAAUACCGUCUGGCCAUCAGAAGAGCGUAAGUUAUCGCUGCACCUGUGCUGGCUGGCAUGCGCAUUGUAUUCACGCGAUUUUGCACGGGCUUUCGAAAUUGCGCGUUGGCUUCCCACAACAUACCAAUUUCAUAACGAGCCUUUACGUUUGAUCACGUCGUUGGCGAACAGCUUGGGAUUUUAUGGUGUCGACGCUUUCGUUAGCUCGACCAAUACAAAACAAUAUCAGCGGCGUAUGAGGACUCACGAAGCUAUAAUUAUGGGUCGCCCAGCGAAAGUCAAUCCACGUACAGGCCGAUGGACAAUGGUAGGGGUCGACGAUGAUGACGAGAAAGGCGCGGCUGGCACGGAUGAAUAUAGCAACACGACCAAGGCCCAAGUGCCGCCUACCAAGUCGUCACCAAUUGGUGAGAUAUUUUAUGGGUACCUGAUGCUGUGUGCAAACAGUUUUCAACCAGCUAUGGGUUACCUGUAUCGAGCGCUGGCGCUUCAGCAAAACGACCCUUUGCUUUGUCUACUAUGCUGUGCUGCGACUCUCGGACGUGCUACGAAUCGGCAAGUGGACAAUCGAAACCACACAGUCAUUCAAGGCAUGUCGAUGCUUGCAAACUACGCUGAACUGCGCGGACAAUCGCUUGAAGUUGAUUACAAUUUUGGACGCGCCUACCAGCAUCUUGGUCUAGUCCACAUCGCAGUGCCUCGAUAUGAACGCGUACUUCAGAGAGCACAACAAGCAUCGUCAGCACCAUUGCGUGGGUUCGACAUGAUACGAGAGACAGCGUUCAAUCUUGCCAUGAUCUACAACCAAUCUGGCUCUCCAGACUUGGCGCGCCAGUUAUAUAGAACUUGGCUCGCAGUGUAA